CUGGUUGCUGGGGCGACCCGGGGAGGAAGUCGCCCACCCUCCGCGCGCCAUUUUCAAACGGCUCCUUCGACCCAUCCGCUGGCCUUCUGGCGGCGGCGAAGAAGGAGGGAAGAGGAAGCUGGAGUCGAGCCGUCCCUACCUCCAAGGCUUGAUGAGGGGCGAGACGUGUGGGACAGCAGCAAUGGCUCUCCCGCGUCCGAACGAGGCCGCGAUUUGAGGCCGCGGGGCUCCGUUUCCAUAGCGACUAGAUGACGGUAGAAGAAUGACGUCGCCCCGAAGGGAGUAGCAUCCGAAAGGGGUCAGGCUUGCUAGGCCUUGAGAGCGGGGCGCCUGGGGAGGCCUCAGCAGAAAAUCUUCACAAUGACUACAGCUGCAGAGAGGAAGUUUGUUAAUUUAAGGAAACGACUGGAUCAGCUGGGAUAUCGACAACCACUGGGAGUGGAAAGUUUGCCUCUGGUGGAAAAGCUUUUCAGCGACCUUGUUCAUACAACUGAGAGCCUCCGGAGUACAAAAUUAUCUGCUGGAAAAAUUGAAAAAGAAUGCAGUAACUUUGAUGUUGUUCUGGAACCUUAUCGAGAAGAAAAUGCUAGGCUCACACGUGAAAAUAAUGAAUUGCACUUAGAAGUUCUGAAACUGAAAGAGCAAUUGGAAGAACAGGUCAAAGAUUUGAAAGCUACUUUGAGGAAAUUUGAACAUGAGAAUUCAGACAUGAAAUUUUUGAAUAAUCAAUAUAUACAUAAAAUGAGAUCAUUAGAAAAAGAAAACAAAGCCAAGACUGACAAAAUCCAACAGCUUCAAGAAAAAAAUCUACAAGCUGUGGUACAGACACCAGGUGGUAGGAAACGAAAUAUUCCAUUUCGACGUCAGCGUAUGCAAAUAGAUCAGCCAGUUCCUCCUUCAGGAAUUGGCACAUAUCCAGUUCCUCAGCCAGAUGACCCAUAUAUUGCAGAUCUUCUUCAAGUGGCUGACAACAGAAUUCAUGAGCUGCAGCUUGAAGUAGAUGACUUGCAGGAAAAACUAGAGAUAGCUGAACGUGAAAUGAAAAAUUACAGCAAACAGGUUGAGCUCCGAGACACUGAGAUUGAACGUUUAGCACUAGCGCUAGAUGGUGGUCGUUCUCAUGAUGUAAUAUCUCUGGAAGCCAGAAGCAAAAGUAAUGAAAAGAUUAUUGCUCACCUAAAUUUGCAGGUUGAAUUUCUACAGCAAACAAACAAAGAGCUUGAAAAGCGUAUAGAAGAUCUUUUGGAUAGUAGGCAAAAUGUGACUAGUGAGGUGGCUCAUUUAAGUAACAAAAAUGAAGAACUGUGUCAAGAAUUGAGUGAAAUUGAUCAUUUGGCCCAACAGUUGGAGAGGCAUAAAGAAAUAGUGCUUGAAACUGCAGAUAAAGAAAUUGGAGAGGCUAAGGAAGAAAUUAAAAAAAAACACAGUGAAAUACAAGAUCGUGAGGAGACUAUAGCAAGGCUGAAGUUAGACUUGUCUUCAUAUCGCAGAGAAAAAGAAAGGUUGAGUGAAGAACUCUUUGGAAAAGCAGAGGAAAAACAAAAUCUUGAGAUACUGUUAAACCAGACUCAACUAGAAAAACACAGAUUGGCCAAAAAAGUUGAAAACCUUGAAAUUAUAAAUCGGGAACUUGUCAUAGAACUAGAGAGAAUGAGGCUUGAGGGUGGUAUAGCACUUGGAGACAAGUCACCUUCUCGCCUAGAUGCAUUUGUAAAGACCAUAGAAGAAGACAGGGACUAUUAUAAGCGAGAACUAGAAUGUCUCCAAAAAAUAUUUAAAAGAAGAUCUAGCCCAUUACUCAAAUCUCCAGAAAAGAGUGAAGAUCUUAGAUUAGUUACACGAGAGAGAGAUGAGCUACAGUCUAUGCUAGACAGAUUUGAAAAGCAUAUGAUAGAAAUUCAGUCUAAUGUUAAACUGUUAACUGUAGAAAAAGACAAAUUAAGUGUUCUUUAUGAACAGUCUCAGGAUGAAUUAAACCAUCUACGGAGAGAGAAAAAAACUUGUUUUCUAACUAAAAGUCAUGCAGAAGAAGAAAGAAAUACUGCAUUGGCUGAUUUCAGAAGAGUAGUGUCAGAUAAAGAAGGGCUAAGGGAGAAAUUAAAGAUCCAGCAGGAGGAAUAUACUUUAGAUAAAUUAAAGUUGGAACAGGAAAUAUCAAGAUUGGAAAGCACUCUUCAAAGAUUGGAAACGGAACGUCUUGAUCAAGUAACUACAGUGUCAUUGUUAAAAAACAAAAUCAUCUGUUUAGAAGAUGAACUAAAUGUUAAGUCUCAUCAGCUCUCAAACACAUCUGAAGAUUCUGCACAGUAUAAGACAGAAUUGAAUUCACUACAACUACUAAAUGAACAGAUUCAGAAAUCCCUAGAUGAGAUACAACAUCAACUGUCUCUUAAAGAAAAUGAACUUCAUUCAGCUCAAGAGGACAUUGUGAUAUUAGAGAACAAAAUAGAGAUGCUCAAUAAUAAGAGCUCAUCACAAGAUGAGACUGUCAGUGUGCUCAGAAGUACUGUUAAUGCCUUGGAUAAAGAAAAAGAUAGUCUUCAGGAAAGUAUAGAUGAAAAAACUGAAAAAAUUGCAUAUCUAGAAGACAAUUUAGCUAACAAGGAAAAGACCAUCCUCAACUUACAAAAAACACUUACUCAGUUGGAGGUGUCUUUAGACCAAUUAAAGGAUGCCUUAAGUGGAAAAGAUCGUGAACUUGCCAGCCUCCAUCGCCAGUUUGAUGCAGUACACUUGGAGCUUGGAGAAACUGGAAGAGUGAAAGAAAUGGCUCUGAAAGAAAACAGAAGAUUGCAGGAUGAUCUAGCUAUAAUGGCUAGAGAAAACCAGGCAAUCUCAACUGAAUUGGAAGUAGCUUUACAUGAAAAAGAAGAAAUGAAAGUUAGAGUUCAUAAUUACAUUACUGAAGUCUCCAGAUUUGAAAGCUUAAUGGCCUCAAAGGAAAGAGAAAAUAAGGAAUUAUUGGAGAAGUUCCAAAUGCUUCAUAGUCAAGCUGAAGACUGGGAAGUAAAGGCCCAUCAAGCUGAGGGACAAAGCAGCUCUGUACGAUUAGAGCUCCUCUCAGUUGAUACUGAACGAAGACACCUUAGAGAAAGAGUAGAAUUACUGGAAAAAGAAAUUCAAGAGCAUAUCAUUGCACAUCAAGCUUAUGAAUCACAAAUCUCUUCAAUGGCAAAAAAUAUGGCCAAGCUGGAGGAGGCUAUCAGACGUGAAAAAGAAGAAAAAUCUUCAAUAAGUGUUGAUGUGACUGCUGUUAGAGAAUUAUGUAUCAAACUGGAAUCUAGCAAAGAACUGCUCUCACGUCAAUUAACAACCAAAUCUCUGGAUUUUGAGAGGGUCAUGUCAGAAUUUGAAGAUGCAAAGGCAGAGGCAGAGCUGUUAAAAAAGCAGUUGUCGAGUGAGCGACUUACAAUACAAAACUUGGAAACCCUCUUGGCUACCAGCAGAGACAAAGAUUUUCAGAAUCAUUUGAUAACCCAUGAAAAAGAUUCAGAGAUACAGUUGCUCAAAGACAAGUUAACACUCUCAGAGAGUAAACUAACAAGUCUUAGUAGAGAAGUUUCUAUACUCCGAAAUAAACUUGCACAGCUGCAGACUGAUUAUGAUAUUGUGAAAAGACAGCUGACAACAGAGCAAUUUGAACGGGAACGUGCCAUUCAAGAGAUGCGACGGCAUGGCAUCUCUACCUCUUCUCUACAUGCCUUAUCCCCACUUAGCUCAACUUUGAGAUCUCCAUCACAUUCUCCAGAGAGAGCAUUUUCAGUAACAACAGAAAGAACAGAAAAAAAUGUGGGCUUCAAGGAUUAAUCAGUUAUUUUAAAAGCAGAACAAUAAUGGAAUGUUUCCAUGUUUGGACUCACUGUCAGCAUUGACAUGAAUUCUACCUCUAAGAUGUUGUUAAAUCAUUAACACUUUAUGAAUAUUGAAACAACAAGAAGUUGUGUAGGAGGACUUAGUGUGUGAUCAAACUUUGCAACAUUCUGCUAUCACACGUAGGCUGGGUUAGUUCUUAACAAUUCUGAUAGGCUUUCCUUGCAAAUUAAGACCAAACAUCUGAAUUGGAGGUAAUAGUGUGGAUUGUUAUCUCUUCUUUCAAGCUUUUUCACUUCCAGUUAGAUCAGCUACAGACAGUCUAUAGUUGCUAUUGACUGCAAAGCAGAUAAAUAUGGAAGAUGAAGAGUCCUUUAACCAUAACUUAUGUCUAUUAUUGAGGUUGUUGUUUACAUGCCACUGAUUUUAUAAAAUGUGUAUGUAUGUAUAAAUAAAUAAUGUUGAGUUUAACUUAAUAAUGUCCUUUAACCUUUGCAGAAAUGUGAUAUCAUUAGUUAAAAUGGUUUUUUAAAUUUUAUCUCUAAAAUGAAGUAAAUCUGCAUUUAAAAAUUGUUUUAUAUUAAAUUGAUAUACAUUAAAUUAUGAUAGUAAAAUAUAUAAUAUGUCUGUCUUAAAGUCAUUUAGCAAUAUUGUUCAUUUUUUUAAAGUUCAGAAAUAAAGUUUGAGGAGUUGACAACACACCUGAGUUCCAGCUUUUAAGGACAAAAUGAGGCAGGUUAAAAUACAAAACUUAUUAGGUAAGAAUGAACUUUAUUGCAAGAAAAUGAAUCAUGUUGUAGUUCUUGUCACAAUGUAGUAGCAGGUUAUCAGAUACAUUCCUUAAUUGACAGAGCUUUGUGCCAACUUGACAUUAUUGUCAACCAGCAAACUGCGCUGAGCUCUAAAACAUUUAUCUCUAGAGCUAUUUUGGUUCACAAUCUGCCUAUUUUUGUGAGUGUUUUAUUAAGAAGCAAAAUGUAAUUAUGGGAGAAAAUCCAUGAAUUAAGAUAACAAGGACAUUCUGAGCAUAAAUAAUUCAUCUGUAUAACCAAGGGUACAGGGAAUUCUGGAUGAAGGUAUAUAUUCUAUAGUAAUAGUUGUCAUUCUAUAGCAUUAAUUUUGGAUUUUGUUCUGUUACUAAUGUACUUGAUAUCAUUUAGGAGACAAUACUAAUGAUACUAUGAUUAAAUAAAGUAAUUUCAGUUUUCAAGGAAUAGUUGCCAAUUGAUUUAUAUCCUUUUCAAGAAAAAAAUUAUUUUCCGGUU